CCGUGACCUGGACCAUGACCUUGACCAUGACUCUCCGCAAACAAAGUGAGACCAGGCCUGUCGCUCGUCAAUUAUAUCUCGCAACCCUCAAAGGCGUCGAUUGAAGCAGCCAACGAAUCGAGGCCGCGAUGCCACGAUGCCCGCGACUGCACCAGCACGCCGCCGAGCAGUUCGUGCUGCUGAGUCUGGCCGAGCCAACAUCUCCACCACGCCUUGCCCGUCCAAGCAAGCCCGUUCGAACGCUCACGAUGUCGACGCUGCUCGCACCUAUCAGCGCCAUUCUUUGAGAGCACGGGGAGACGCUUUGCCGCACCACCAGCGAGACGCUACCGGCCGGCCCCCCACACUCGAGUCUCACUGCGCGCAAAGCAAAAACCCCCAACCUGCAAAGCCUACAAACCUCCAAAGCCCCGGGCUGGCUGCAUCUCCACCGGACGGGGCCUCUCACGGAGCCGGCUGCGCUGAUUGGACCGAGUCGGCGAUAGAGCCGUCUUCUUGGAAAGCUACUGCGCACUAGAGCGCCAGAUGGCCUCUCAAUCACAAGCACGAGCAACACAUGCAAAAGCCCAGCUUGGAGAUGGGAUCUUCGCGUGGCCUUUUACCACAUAGGGCCCUUGCAUGUCAUGGUUCCUUAGCCUUGGUCGUGUGCCUUUGAUGGUUACGUCGCGUGGUGGUUCUGCUGCAUUGAGAGUCCAUUUAAUACAUCCUCGCCCGCACUUUUUUCCCCAUUUCUCUUCCCCAUUCUCGCAAUCGUCACUGGGUUGGUCCUACUGUACUUGGCAGGACAGCUCUUUUUUUCUUCUGUUGUGGUUUCUCUAGUGACCACAGCUGUUUCUCCUCUGGUUGCUUCCUUUUUGUUUUGUCUUCCCCCACCGGCCUGAUAAACCCUCUGUCGAGGUCCAGACCGCGCUCAGAAACCGGAAUCGACAAUUACCUACAAAACUUGCCCCUCCAUUCUCCUCUUCGGCAAAGUCCGUUUCGGGU